CGGAGGUCUGCGAUGAGGAGGAGUGAAAGCUGAGAGAGGAGGAGGAGAAGCAGCUGACACUCGGUUACUGCAGCCUGCAGGAGCGCUCAGCCCCAGGACCAGGACGGACCAGGACCAGGACCAGGACCCGGACAUUCCAACCAAAAUGCUGCCCAGCCGGUGUCUGCCCUGCUGCACUGUCAUCCUGUUAGUGCUGUUCGAGCUGGCUCUUGCCCAGUACGAACACCUUGGCUACCCGCCGGGCUUCCCCAACCCAGAACAGGAACAGUACUCCGCCCCCCAGCUGACGCCAGACACGCCCAGGAUUCAGCUACGCUUGGCGGGCGACAAGAGGAAACACAACGAGGGUCGCGUGGAGGUUUUCUACAACAACGAAUGGGGCACCGUCUGUGAUGAUGAUUUCACCAUCCACGCCGCUCAGGUGGUGUGCAGGGAGCUGGGCUACCUGGAAGCCAUCUCGUGGUCACCAUCCUCGAAAUAUGGGAAAGGAAUAGGACCCAUCUGGUUCGACAAUCUCCACUGCACUGGCAAAGAAAAGACCUUGGCGCUUUGUCCUUCCAAUGGGAUCGGAGUUUCGGACUGCAAACACAGUGAAGACGUGGGCGUGGUGUGCAGCGACAAGAGAAUCCCGGGAUUUAAAUUUGUCAACACGCUGCCCAACCACGUAGAGAACCUUGAUAUUCAAGUGGAGGACGUGCGCAUACGAGCCAUCCUGUCAUCGUACCGUAAGCGAAUCCCUGUAACAGAGGGCUACGUGGAGGUCAAAGAUGGCGGUAAAUGGAAGCAGAUCUGUAACUCGGAGUGGACGGAGAUGAACGGCAGAGUCAUCUGUGGCAUGUUUGGCUUCCCAGGGGAGAGGAAGUACAAUGCCAGAGUCUACAAGAUGUUUGCUCGUCGGAGGAAGCCCUCAUACUGGGACUACGCUGUCAAUUGCACUGGUAAUGAAGCCCAUUUGUCCAGCUGUAAACUGGGCCAGGCUACGGCAACGAAGUCCAAUGGGACCUGUGAUGGAGGGUUGCCUGUGGUGGUGAGCUGCGUGCCCGGCAAGGACUUCGCCCCAACGCCCAUGGCGGGAUUCAGAAAGGCAUUUAGGCAAGAGCAACCGUUGGUUCGUCUUCGCGGUGGGGCCAUCGUAGGCGAGGGCCGAGUGGAGGUGUUGAAAAAUGGAGAGUGGGGCACUAUAUGUGAUGAUCACUGGACCCUGCUGUCUGCCACCGUGGUGUGUCGAGAGCUGGGCUUCGGUACCGCCAUAGAGGCCCUGUCAGGAGGUCGCCUGGGACAAGGUAUGGGCCCGGUCCAUAUGAAUGAGGUGCAGUGCUCUGGAUUUGAGAAGUCCAUCACAGAGUGUUUCUUCAACAAGGAGGCUCUCGGUUGCAGCCACGAGGAGGAUGCAGCCGUCAGAUGUAACGUUCCUGCGAUGGGCUUCCAGGAGAGGCUGCGUCUGAGUGGAGGUCGUAACCCCUAUGAGGGCCGUGUGGAGGUGCUGGCGGAGAGGAAUGGGUCUCUGGUGUGGGGGACGGUGUGCAGUGAGAGCUGGGGAACCAUGGAGGCCAUGGUGGUCUGCAGACAGCUGGGCCUGGGCUUCGCCAGCAACGCUUUCCAGGAGACUUGGUAUUGGCCGGGAGCGGUGAGUGCUGACCCCGUGGUGAUGAGCGGCGUUCGCUGUUCUGGUACUGAGAUGUCUCUGUCCCACUGCCUGCACCACGGAGCCCACCUCAGCUGUGCUAAAGGAGGCGGACGCAACGCCGCCGGAGUCUCCUGCUCCGAGACGGCUCCUGACCUGGUGUUGAACCCUCAGGCGGUGGAGCAGACCACCUACAUGGAGGACCGGCCCAUGUUCAUGCUACAGUGUGCGCACGAGGAGAACUGUCUGUCCUCCACCGCCAGCCAGGCGCCGGCCAACACGUACCGCCGCCUGCUGCGCUUCUCCUCCCAGAUCCACAACAACGGCCAGUCGGACUUCCGGCCCAAAGCUGGCAGACACUCCUGGGUGUGGCAUGAGUGUCACAGGCAUUAUCAUAGCAUGGAGGUGUUUACAACCUAUGACCUGUUCACCCUCAAUGGAACCAAAGUGGCAGAAGGACACAAAGCAAGUUUUUGCCUGGAGGACUCAGAGUGUGAUGAAGGUAUUGAAAAGAGGUAUGAAUGCGCUAACUUUGGAGAGCAGGGUAUCACUGUGGGCUGCUGGGAUACCUACAGGCACGACAUCGACUGCCAGUGGAUCGACAUAACUGACCUCAAACCUGGAGAUUACAUUUUCCAGAUAGUAAUUAAUCCAAACUAUGAGGUACCUGAGUCAGACUACACCAAUAACAUCCUGAAAUGCAGAUGUCGAUACGAUGGCCAUCGUGUGUGGACGUACAGCUGCCAUAAUGGUGGCUCAUUAAGCACAGAAACAGAAGAGACGUUCCCAGGCCUCCUCAACAACCAGGUGACUCACAGGUAAAGACGACGCAGAGCAGACGGACCAUCUGCAGCCAACCAACCACUACACAUCUCCAUCUGUAUAGUGGAUUCACCCUGCCAGCCCUGCUCUGGUCAAACCAUCUUUUUAUGUUCUCCCUAAUCCACGAGGCAGCAGCUUUCUUCGACCCUACCCUAAAGAAUAUUUGAUUCCCCUGCUGUCCGAACAGAGGCAGCUACAGCCUUAGUGACACUUCCAACCUCCUUGGUCAAGAUCAAGAGAAAGGCAAAAGCUCUCCUUGUGCCCUCUGACGUUUUUAUUAUUUUUGAAUGAGUGAUAAAAAUAAGCUGGCAGGUACCUUCCACAAGGUGCUGCACUGGGGAAUGACAUCACGAAUGUGUCUUCUCUGAAGUGCAGCACUUUAACUAAACCCUCCUACAACACUUUUUGUUUACCCUGGAGAGGUUGGAUGUCAGCGAACAGGUGGUCUCACGAUUGAGAGGAAUCACCGAUAACAACAGCAGCAGUGGUCUGUCUUUUGGAAUUAAAUGCAGUAUUCUUCCACUUUUCUCAAGUUUCAUAAAAGUGCGUUUUACACACUAAAGUCCACACACACUGAGUUUCAUGUUACACAGGUGAACUGAGCAUUUCUUUUGCAUGUCACUUAUUUAGUUUCACAUCCUCAUUGAGGAUUUUUUUUGCAUAUCAAGCUGUAGAACAAAGCAAGUCCUCAAAAAGCAAACAGCCCAUUCAUCACAAAUUACUAGUGCCUGAUUCAGCUGUAAAACGAAUCCACUAAGACUGAAAUGUUACAUGCUGAAGAGCCUCAAACUACACCAAAGCUUUCUUUUAAAUAACUGGAGCAUACAUAUAUUAUUUUCUGAAUUAAGUCACAUUUCAAAGAGGAGUUGCACAACAAUCUUUUGUGGGCGUUGGUGUCACAAUGUGUGUUGGUAUAGCAAUCUCAGUUAAUCCAGAAGUUCUUAUUUAAAAAAUGAUUUGAGCAAACAUUUGCUCACAGAUUUGCUUAUAAUUUACAUUAUAGUAUGCAUAACCUAAGAGCAGCCCUGUUAGAAAGCUGUCCAGUUAUUGUGCACAAUUAGCCAAACAAAUAUUGAUUUUAAAAGUUGUUAAAAGUCUUAAAAGUUUUUACGUUGGGGCCUUUUCAAACUGACUGAGAUCAAUUUCAGCUCCCAGACAUUAUCUUGUUGUUCUGAUAUAUUAUUCAUUACUCUUUCAUUUUAUGAUAGGCCUACAGUGUGUAGCAGUAUUUUGCUUUUGAAGCUAACAUAGGACCUCAUGUUUCCUUUUUUUUCCUUUUUGGCAUCUCUUCGUUUUAUUGAUAGUGAAAGGAGAGAGACAGGAAAGGCAGGAGAGAGAGAGAGGCUUUUCAAAAUGCUCACAUUUAACACCAACUGGAAAUCUUGUUUUUGCUCACACUCAGUGGUUUAACACUGUGAGCAAAUGACAGAUUUGUUCUCAAAUUAAUAAAAGUGAAGUUAAAUAGCAAAUAGCUCUACAGCCUACAGGUGCACUCUGUAAGUCCAUAUUUUCUAGUCUGUCGGCUUAGGACGACACCGCAUUGGUUCUUCGUCUGUGUAUACAGAGAACCUAUUCACAUAGCCAGUGAAAUCAUUGUAAAGGUGCGACCACACCAGCAUUUCAAAAUGGCAAAAUUUAGCUGCAAUUUCAAUUCAUUCCAAUGCAAUCACAGAAAUGAGUGGAAUCGCUCGUGAGGUCAAAGUAAAUCAGAGCAAAAUGCUUUGCGUCAAGUUCAACUUUGGGGAACUUUGACUCACAAAUUUGCGCCGUUGAACUAUAGCAAGCCAUAUUGAUAGUACUGAACUGUGUGAAGUUAUUAUGCUAUUAUGAAGCUUUUUUUAUUGAUCGAAAUGUCAGGGGGAGUAAACAGAGCAGUAUAGAGACGAUAACGAUAAUCUGUGGGAGCUAUGACUGACUAUAGACUAUAGUUAUCUCACCAGGCAGCUACAGCAGUUCACCAACUAGCCGUGAGACUACAGUCACUACGUCACUUAAACUUCUAGAACCAGAUAUUUCACAAAAAAUACAUUUUGCUGUUCCACUUUCUGGUCUAAUCUUAAAGCAGUGACACCACUGUUCUAUCACAGGCUGGAUAGCAGCCUGCAGACUCAACAUAAAGGAAGACAAACUUUGAACAAUCUCACAUUAACUUUCUAGCUAUCUUAUUCUAAUGUCUUCUUCGCAUCUACUGUACGACAAUAAAGCUAUAUCCUAACUGAACAAGCUACUAACUACCUGGGCAGUUUGCAGGGUCAUCUAUGUUAUUACCUAUCUGCAGCACAUUCUACCAACACGACUGCUUAAAAAAACUGCUGUCUGACGACCUCAUAGCUUGUUAACUGCCGUUACCGUUUACAUGUGUCCCUGUCAGCUGUCAAUCAAACAUGUAAACACCCAGGCAUUUUCUAAUGUUUCUCCAAAGAGCUUUUUUUUUUCUUCCUUUGAAUAAUAAAAAUAUUAAUGAUACAUUAAAAAAAUGAAUUGUUCUUUAAGACACUUAAAUGUUACUAAAGUGAGUCCUAAGUCUUCCACAGCCAGUGGCACUGGGCUGGCUCAACAGGAGGAUCAUAGGACUGUUCUACAGGAACUAUGCUUUCAAAUCAAGGAGGGUUUCAGUCAUUUCCUCUCCCUGCGACGUAUGUUGCCUUUACAAGGACACAGAAGAGCACAGAUAGGCUAUCAUCUUCUCACAGAAAGCAGGAAUAGCAUCUCCCUGUUUAGACAGUCAGAGUUGCAGAUAUGUACUGUUAUUGAAGAUUUUUUUUUUACAGUUUUAUUCCUUGUUUGAAAAAAAAAAAAAAUGUUACGUACAAUAAUGUGUGUGAAUCCUAUUUUUAUUGUACUUUUUAUAAUGGUGCUAUCGAACUGGUCCUCUGUUUUCUGAGGGUACAGUAAGGCUACAUGUUGAACAGCUACAUUAUGUAUACUAACUGUAUACUUGAACUGAGCGUAAUUUGCUUUGUGUGUUAAACUAUAAUAAAGGUCUGAGUUAUGGGGCAACCAAA